CACGCACGUCAAUGCUCUCGCGCUCACGGGGUACACAACCCAGCCGCUACACUCACGCGUCUUCUAACGACAACGACGACGACGACGACGACGACGACGCGAAGCGCCAGAACGACGUCAAGUGCCAGAACGACGUGUGCAAUCGCCUAAGCCGCACGGACAGCGACACAUUAACCACUACAAUAAAACAUUAGUGUUUGUGUAUUUUUUCUGUAUUUUUCGGUUUCGAUUCUAUCGCGUCUUCGUUUACCGGUGUGCGCUUAGCCACCCCGAGCCAUAAGCUCCCUCGAGACUUCACCGCACGAUUUUUUUGCAAACGACAAAUUUUCAAUCAAUUUUUCACACUAUCUCACCCUCGCAAACCCACUGCUGCGGUAGAAGAUUUUAUAGUGAUAUUUCGAUAAUACAUAUUAUUGUAUUGUCCGGCGACAUAAAUUAUAAACACCACCGUCGUAUAACAUAACACGUCGACGACGGUCAUAUUCAUAACCGCCAUAAUGAUGCUGACACCACGGUUACUUGUCACCAUAGCCGUGCUGUGGCUGAUCACUGUCACGGUGCAGUCCAGGCCCACCUCCGAUUCCGGGGAACCGGAACUAGACGAGUCCGCGGAACCUUCAGUCGAUCCCUCGGUCCUAAUGGUGCCGGCACGCGUGCUCACCGACCCGGAAUCGCCGUUUGGCAAGAUGUUGCGCGAUCGACUGCGUACCAUGUCCGAUCACGACCUGUCCGUCCUGGAAUCAAAUCUGCAGACCGGAACCAAAACUACAGACCACUUGGAAGACCAGGAUAUGAUGAUGGGGGAUAUGCCGUCGGUGGACGAUCCGCAAGACUCGUCGUCUCCGGCUCCUUCGCUUGGACUAGUCACAGUGACGCCGGACGAUUACACCGACGAGUUUUCGCGCAGAGAAAGCCCUGAGUCUGCAGAUCCUGAGGUCAGUGAUAAAAAUCUCAGAAUUGAAACCAUUCAAAAUCAGAUGAUAAACUUUAUGGGGACAAGGUUUCCUCAAAUACUCUCGCCAAGUCCAAUGAUGAAGACGGGUCCGAAUCCAGUAAUACCUAUUCAACAAAGAGAUGCCAUAAGAGUAUUUUACAACAACUUAAAUAAAUUUCCAACCUAUCCUUCUGAUACGUAUAUUGAAAAAACGCAAAGCUUCUAUCCUACUUGUGAAUUACCAAAGCACACAAGUGAAGGCGUCUGGAAUACAAAGGAAUCAAUGAAUUUAAUGUUUAACAUUAGUUUACCCAAAUCGUCUAAGGGAAUAUCAAUAAACGUUAACAUGGCUAGACUCAGACUCUACAAACAAUUCGUAGCUUGUUAUUCACAAUCGAGUAAUGAGACCGAUGAUUCUCAAGCAUGCCCACAGACAUUUUAUGUAGAAACUAUGAAACAAUCCAGCACUAAUUUGUCUACAGCUGGUGUAGUACCGCUAAUAAUGGACGAGAGACAAAUUCGCGUAUCAGUUUAUGCGUACACCAGAUCACUUAAGAGGAAGAGAGCAGUAAAGAGGAAAUUGUUGGAUAGUCGUAUGGUGCCAUAUUACAGUGAGAAAUGGACAGAAUGGAACAUUCGUAAUGCAGUAAAGAUUUGGCAUAAGAACCCAGUUCGUAAUUACGGAAUCAGUAUUGAAGUUGAAGAUGAAGAUGGCAACUUGCUGCCGGUCAGCAAAUUUUUCAGACCCAUGAAUUGCUCGGGCGACGCUCAAAUGAUAAUUCCGAAGCCGGUACCUGGGUUCAUAAUGGAGGCAGUGCACAACGGUUACUCGGACACCGUCACGACUAACAACAGUAACGCCAACACGGUCGACGCGUUCGCGCUCAGCUUCAAUAUGCACCGGUAUCCGAUAAUGGACGUUACCACGGUAGAAAUGCCUGAAUCGGAGGUGAACAACGCUAUGCUUUACCAGUACGCGAAGAACGCGUUUGAACAGGUGGGCGACAGUGGCACGGCGGCCUACUUACCCGAGGAGCAGGAAGACCAGGGUAACCAGCAUCGGAUCCGGCACGGUAGCCGGCAGCACCGGAACAACGGAACCAUACCCGGAAGUCUGUCCAGAGAUGGCCACGAGCUCCGCGAUCAGAUCAUCCCGCAAGGCGUAGUCCAACUGCACAAACCAUCGACCACCGAGAGCCCGGACAACAGAUAAUUAUGGCGGAAUUGGUCGAUGAUCAACUGCUGACACGUCGAAUCAUAAUAUAUUAUACGUGUGCACAGUGUGUUUUCAAAACAUCUAUUUUAGGCUCGUCGGUGCAAAUAAGAUGAUAGCUGGCUUGGGUAAAUUUUAACCACUGCUACAAACAAACAAUUAUUUAACAGUAAUCUUGAACCGCCUACCAUCCUAAAAAAUAGUAAUUUGCGCUAUUUUAAUUUUGUAACUUAUUAGAUAUAUUUAAUUUAUUUUAAAACCAUAUUUUUUUAAAUAGUAUAUAAAUUGUUAAAGCCCAAAAACUGCCCCAAUAAUUGGAUAAAAUAUUGUCUGCUUACGAUUGAAAAACAUUACUCUAUAUCCAUGUACUCGUAUAACACAUAAUCUAAUAUAAACACAUCAAUAUAAUAUGAUACAUGUGCAAUUCCACUUUUUGGCCUAUUAAAACCAUUAAUUUAUGUAAUAAACAUCAAUUAAGCAACCGAUAGAUCAAUAAUGUUUAGGUGUAAAAAACACAUUUUCGAGCCCUGUCCGUUUUGACCUAAGUCCGUAUAUGACAAACACACACACACGUUUCUUUUUAUACAUAGCAUAAACACUUCAAACCCAAUGAUAGAUUUUUUUUUCGUGUUAUAUAUUAUUAUAUUGUUGAGGUGGAGGGACAUAAUAUUAUUUAUUGAUGUAUGUACAUACGUGUACGUAUAGUGUGUCGAUUGGAAAAUAGAUUUAGUAUAACUUUAAUUUAUAUUAUUAUUAUUAUUUUUACUACUAUUAUAAUUGUACUAACACUAUGUAAAAUGUUCCUAUAGUUUUUAUAAUUAGUGACGACCAAUAUAAAAUCAGUUAUGUUUUAAUUUCGUAGUCGACCUAUAUCAACAAAUUAGAUAUUUAAUUUGUUAAAAUCUUGACUACGCCAUCAGUGAAAUAGAAAAAUACAAUAACAGCAAUAAAAAUUAAUACUCCCCGCACCAUUAACAUUGUUGUAAUAAUCCAUGCCUCGAUCGUACACAUUAUUCGUUAGGUACCUACAUAUUAUUAUUAUUAAAUUAUUCAAUUUAUUUUAGUAAUUUAUUACAUUUUGUUAAAAUAUUAAUUUAUUUCAUACAGACUAAGCGACGUACGUAUUUUUCUUUUUUUAUGAACAAUAGGUAUUUAUUAUAUUAUUUACCGGUACCCACUAAGUACCCCUAAUUACGUGUUAUGUUUGUUAAUGCGCAAUAUAUUAUUCAUCUUAUCUAGAGCGAUGUCUGCGGACAUCCGAAUACUAUAUUUCCGCAUACUUCUAUCAAUAACAUAUUUGAACUAUUAAUUUAUUUAUUAGUCUUAAGUUUUUUUUUUAUUUUUGUCUUUUUUUUAAAAAGCUUUCAUUACGAACAUAUUCGUAAUGUGUUUAGACAUAAUGCUUCUUAACGAUGUACCCUUCUUUUACAUGUAAAUAAUCGCUGUACUUUGUUUUAUUUAUAUUUAUAUAUAUAUAUAUAUUUAUCGUA